GUGAAGGCUCUGAGCCGUGUUUUUAACUGCGCCCCUGUGAAACUACAUUUCCCGGCUCCGGUGGGAUGUUGGCGGCUAGUCGGGUAAACUGCAACAACUCUGGAGCUGGUGGUGAGAACAGCUGCCUCGUUUCAGGGCGCGAGCACCGUUCCCUGUACUGUGUGUUGCUGACAACCACCAGAAAUGUCAGAGACGUCAAGUGAUGCAGAGUCGUCCUGUGGCUGGACCAUCAUUAGUAAUGAGGGCUCCGAUAUCGAGACCUUGGGGUUGGAGGCUGCAGUGGAAUAUGGAGCCGAGCUGUUAGAGCGUCCUCUGGUGGUGGAGAAAGCAGAGCUGCAGGUCACACAGGCGUCAGAUUAUAUUUCAGCUGGGUGUGAUGAAGAGAGAGGUGCUGAUUCACUUGAAGAUACACUGGAAGAACGAACCGCAGAUGAGACACUGCUUGUCCCUGAGGUCAGAGACGUCGCUGCAGGGAAAGAGCCUGUGACUCUGUUGACCUUUAGCGAUCACUCCGACAUCGUGACUCUAGGAGACUUGAAGGAGGACGAGCGCGCAGACGUGGAGGAGGAGGUAGCUGCCAACGCAGAGUUUUACCUUGGCACAUCCUGCAGCAGCCAGUACGCCUUCACUGCUGCAGAGACCGGUUUGAUGAUGAGUCACUGGAAACUUCCACAGAGUUUGGUGAGGUUUGGCUACCAUCUGAGGAGCCAGCUCACUGGAGGCCGCUCACAUGCAGUUUUCCCGGUGCAGCAGCCGGCAGUGACAAACUCGAGCAGCAGUGAGGACGAGGUAGGACAGAGCCCCAGUACUAUCAUACGAAGACGUAGGGUGAGGAAGAAUAUCUCGAGCAUUGUGAUGGAGACUGAAGAUGAGGAGGCGCUGGAGUCUGGUCCAGGUGAGGAGGUGGAGGAAGAUGUGGACAAAGAGGAGAAGCAGCAAGAGGAGGAGGAGCCGGCUGAAGUCGGACCUGCUGAGGAUGUUCGAAUGCAGGGUCAGCGCAGCAGCGUCCUCAACAAGUGUAUCCUGCUCGCCCUCGUCAUAGCUUUCAGCAUGGGCUUUGGUCACUUCUAUGGCACAGUCCAGAUUCAAGAAAGACGAAAAAUAGUGGAGAAAAUUGGAGUGAAUGAGCUCGUGAGAGAUCUGCUUCAGCAGCAUGUUCGAGAACAACCUCUGAAAAACCAGAAUGGAGACCUGAAAGACCUGGAUGAGCAAAACAUGAUUUCACUGCUCACAGAUGUGAUCGAGAAGAUGAAGAAAGAGAAUCAGGAGAUCAACAUUAAACAGAAGCACAUUCAGGCCCAGAGAAAUGACCUGGAAAUGUUGCUGCAUCAGAAGGCUGAGGAGAAGACUAACAUUGUGGCUCAGCAGCAGCAGCUGGCAGCUGAAAACCAGCAGCUGAAAAGCUCUCUGGCACAUGAGGAAAAGUCUUUGUCCAAGUUACAGGAGGAGCUAAGAAACCUGCGCUCUAAGAUCAGAGAUCUGGAAACGAUGGGAGCUGGAGCCGACUCGCUGCUGUCAGAAAAGCAGAGGCUGGAAGAGCAGCUGGAAGAGGACAAGCAGCUGAUCAGAAACUUCCACAUCCAGAGGGAGGGAUUAAUGGCUGAAGCUCAGACACUGAGGAAGAAGCUCGACAAAGAGAGGAAGGUGACAGAUGAGCUGAGGAGAGAGCUGAAUCGUCUGAGAAGUCACACCCCCAUAGCUGGAAAGGAGACUGGGUCAGACGAAGAGGAGCUACAGUCACGUCUGCUGGAGCUGGAGGAGAGACUGAGCUUCGAACAACAGCGCUCUGACCUGUGGGAGCGGCUGUACGUGGAGACCAAAGAAGAGGGAGUCAAAGGAGACACAGAGUCCAAAGUGAAGAAACCUAAAAAGGGCAUGGCAGGGAAAAUAAAAGAGACAUUUGAUGCAGUGAAAAACUCCUCCAAGGAGUUUGUCCAUCACCAUAAAGAGCAGAUAAAAAAAGCAAAAGAGGCUGUGAAAGAGAACCUGAGGAAGUUCUCAGAUUCUGUCAAAUCAACUUUCCGACACUUCAAGGAUUCGGCUUCGACUUUCAUCAACAAGGCCAGAGGCUUUUAUCACAAGAGGCGUGAUGAGAGGAACUCAAAAGAGUCAUGGCAACACAGAUCACACAAGCCUCAUCAAAGACAGACGCACAAAUCUGACAAUUCGUUCCACAGCAGCCACAACACUCGAAAAUACGGGCAUAAAGUUCAUGAAGAUCAAGGUCAAAGCGGCCAGAAAGCCAACAUGAAAGGCUGCUCUGGGGUUUUUGACUGCGCUUACCAGGAGUCCAUGAGUCUGUUCAACAAAGCCAUGGAGCCGAUCAGAGCGGACGAGUUCCACCAGCUGCUGCAGAGCUACUUGCAGCAGGAGGUCGAUCACUUCCACCACUGGAAAGAGCUGGAGAUGUUCAUCAACAACUUCUUCCACAACGGGGUGUUCAUCCACGACCAGAUGCUCUUCACAGACUUUGUCAGCGGUGUGGAGGACUAUCUGGCGGACAUGCACGAGUACCACGGGCUCCACGACGACAUGUUCGGAGACCUGGAUGACUUUGUCUACAGGCACCUCUUCGGAGAGAUUUACACAAAAAGCUUUAGCCCGAGCGGGCCGUUUGAACGACCCGACACAGACUCAAAGGAGCAGACUCGGUCAAAGCAUCACCAACGGAAGCAGCAGAGAGCCAGAUCUCGAGCACACAGUGAACGCAAGUGGAGCAGGUCAGGAAGAAACGCAGACAGACACAUGGCUGAUGUCAAAAUAGAACUGGGUCCGAUGCCGUUUGAUCCCAAAUACUGAAAACAUCUCAGCCGGUUAAUUGUUAUAGUUGCAGGUUCUAUUUUUCUUUUUUUUGUAUUUAGAUGCACAGUCUCUUUUUUUGUAAGUUUGCACAAUGUUAACCUUUUAAUGCUACUGAACGUCCUCGAGCUGUUCUGCAUUUAGUCAAGUCAUAAGGUUUGAAUGACAGAUGUGGCAUUUCUUCUGACAUCUGCACAUUU